AUGUCUGAAGAACAGCAGAAGAAGCAAGGCGCAUCCGGCGUCCUAGGCGGCUUGACCGAUACAGUGGGCAACACGGUGGGCGGCGUCACGGAUACCGUGGGCAACACCGUCUCCGGCGUGGGCGAGGGCGUGGGCAAGACCGUUGGCGGAGCCACCCAAGGCCUCGGCGACACCACCAAGGCGGUAGGCAACACGACCAAAGACACCACGGACUCGAUCGGUGGCAAGAAGCAGACCGCGGAUAACCCGCUGGGACUAUAG